UUACCCUGAAUAAGGUAAACUUGAUUAUUUAUGCAUAAUGCUAGAAAACUAAACAUGAAGUUAAUAGCAAACAACAGUUAAGAGAUCUCUGGAAAUAUAUUGUGAAAACCAAAGUAUUAUUUUCAAGAACAGCAGAAAGCAGAAAACCGGCAGCCAGCAUCAGAAAGACUGCUUAGAGAUUCAAGAGAAAAUUCUCAGCCCUUCAUCAUUUGAGAAGCAAAGAUCUGAUAUGCAACAGCUCUAAACCCUUUGCUGCAACUGAGUGGCUGCAGCCACAGAAGAGUUACACGGAUCAGUGACCUAAGUCUGUAGCAUCCCUGAAGAUGUCAAUGAACAAUGCAUCAAAUGUAUUCUUGGAUCCAAAUGCAAAUCGCUUUCAAGUUAACAUAAUUAAUGAAGACCAUGACAACAAUGAAACAACCCAAGAGGAUGUGGGCUCUGACCCACCACAUUAUGAAGAAACAUCUUUUACUGAUGAAACACAUAAUAGACUAAGAAUCAGUUACAGACCAGGAAAAAGAGAAUUAUAUGACAAUUUCCGUCAAAAUGGGGAGAAAACAGAAGCUAGCUUACAUCCCUAUGAUACUCACAGUAAAAUGUAUUAUCUACAGACUUUUGGCCAUAACACAAUGGACCCAGUUCCCAAAAUUGAUUAUUAUAGAAACACUGGCAGCGUCAGUGGGAAUAAGCUCAACAGACCAAGCUUAUUAGAAAUACAUGAACAACUGGCAAAGAACAUUGCUGUGAGCACGGGCUCAGUUGAGAGAGUGGCAAAUGGAGAAAGCACCACUGGAGAUGAGACAGCAGCUAGCAAAGAAGAGGAAAACAAAACGGGAUUUGUCAAGUUUGGAUGGGUGAAGGGUGUGCUGGUAAGAUGCAUGCUUAAUAUUUGGGGUGUGAUGCUCUUUAUUCGACUUUCCUGGAUUGUAGGUCAAGCAGGAAUUGGUCUUGGAGUAAUCAUAAUUCUUCUCGCCACGAUGGUAACCUCAAUUACUGGGUUGUCAACUUCUGCAAUAGCAACUAAUGGGUUUGUCCGUGGAGGUCUUGGAAUCAUAGUUAUUGCUCUGAGUGUAGUAGUAACAACAUUGACAGGUAUCUCCAUGUCUGCCAUUUGCACUAAUGGAGUAGUAAGAGGAGGUGGAGCAUACUAUCUUAUCUCAAGAAGUCUGGGCCCAGAGUUUGGUGGAUCUAUAGGACUUAUCUUUGCCUUUGCAAAUGCAGUGGCAGUUGCCAUGUAUGUAGUUGGAUUUGCUGAAACGGUUGUAGAACUUCUUAAGGAGAGCGAUACACUGAUGGUAGAUGAGUCCAACGACAUCAGAAUCAUAGGGACCAUCACUGUGGUGUGUCUUCUUGGCAUCUCUGUUGCUGGCAUGGAAUGGGAAGCAAAGGCUCAAGUUAUUCUUCUAAUUGUUCUCCUUAUUGCCAUUGCAAACUUCUUUAUUGGGACAGUCAUUCCUACCAACACUGAAAAGAAGGCAAGAGGUUUUUUUAAUUACCAAGCAUCAAUAUUUGCAGAAAACUUUGGACCAGAUUUCAGAAGUGGAGAAGGAUUUUUUUCGGUGUUUGCCAUUUUUUUCCCAGCUGCCACUGGCAUUCUUGCAGGAGCCAAUAUCUCAGGAGAUCUGAAAGACCCUCAAAGUGCCAUCCCCCAGGGAACAAUGCUGGCCAUUCUGAUCACCACAAUUGCUUACAUUGCUGUUGCAAUUUGUGCAGCCUCCUGUGUUGUACGAGAUGCUACUGGGAACGUCAAUGAUACAAUUGUACCUGGAAUGAGCUGCAAUGGAUCAUCUGCCUGUGGCCUUGGCUAUGAUUUUUCCAGAUGUGCAAGUCAGCCAUGUGAUUAUGGGCUGAUGAAUAAUUUUCAGGUGAUGAGCAUGGUGUCUGGCUUUGGUCCUCUCAUCACAGCUGGCAUCUUCUCAGCUACUCUGUCAUCAGCUCUGGCAUCUCUUGUCAGCGCACCCAAAGUUUUCCAGGCUCUUUGCAAGGACAACGUCUACAAAGGGCUAGAAUUCUUUGCCAAAGGAUAUGGAAAAAACAACGAGCCUAUCAGGGGAUAUGUCCUCACUUUCGUGAUUGCCAUGGCAUUCAUUUUGAUUGCUGAGCUGAAUACCAUUGCUCCCAUCAUCUCCAAUUUCUUCCUGGCUUCAUAUGCUUUGAUUAAUUUCUCCUGCUUUCAUGCCUCAUAUGCAAAAUCUCCAGGUUGGAGACCUGCAUUCAGAUAUUAUAACAUGUGGGUGUCACUUUUUGGAGCCCUGCUGUGCUGCGGGGUGAUGUUUGUCAUCAACUGGUGGGCAGCUCUCAUCACUUAUGCCAUUGAGCUCUUCCUAUAUAUUUAUGUAACAUAUAAGAAGCCAGAAGUAAACUGGGGCUCCUCUACACAGGCUCUUUACUUUGUUAACGCCUUAGACAGUGCUCUGGCAUUAACGACAGUGGAAGACCAUGUGAAAAACUUCAGACCCCAGUGCCUAGCAUUAACAGGAGCUCCUAUGGUCAGGCCUGCUCUUCUAGACAUCACCCACACCUUCACGAAGAACAACGGGCUGUGUAUCUGCUGUGAAGUGUACACGGGACCACGCAAGCUGUGUGUUAAGGAGAUGAACAGUGGCAUGGAAAAAAAGCAGGCCUGGCUCACAAAGAACAAAAGAAAAGCCUUUUAUGCAGCAGUGGCAGCUGACAGCUUCAGAGAUGGAGUCAAAAGUCUACUUCAAGCCUCAGGAUUGGGUAGAAUGAAACCAAAUACCCUGGUGGUUGGAUUUAAGAAGGACUGGAGAAGUGCACCUGCCACUCAAGUUGAGAACUAUGUGGGCAUUAUACAUGAUGCCUUUGAUUUUGAGCUCGGUGUAAUUAUUGUCAGAAUUAGCCAAGGAUUUGAUAUCUCUCAGGUUCUUCAGGUUCAAGAGGAAUUAGAGAAGCUGGAGCAGGAGAGAUUGGCACUGGAAGCCACCAUUAAAGAAAAUGAUUUUGAAGAAGGAAAAAGGGGCAUCUGUGGAUUCUUCAAAAAAGCCAGCACAUUGAAUAUCUCAAAACAUGAAACAAAGAAGGAAAGCACCAUUAACACCAUGCAGUCAAUGCAUGUGGGUGAAUUCAAUCAGAGGCUGCUAGAAGCCAGCACUCAAUUUAAAAAGAAGCAAGGAAAAGGUACAAUUGACAUUUGGUGGCUGUUCGAUGAUGGAGGUCUAACAAUCCUGAUUCCUUACAUUCUAACUAUUAGGAAGAAGUGGAAGAAUUGUAAAUUAAGGAUCUUCACUGGGGGAAAAGUCAAUAGGAUUGAAGAAGAAAAACUAGUGAUGGCUUCACUCCUAAGCAAAUUCAGAAUAAAAUUUGCUGAUAUUAAUAUCAUUUGUGAUAUCAAUAUAAAGCCCAACAAAGAGAGCUGGAAAUUCUUUGAAGAGAUGAUUGAACCAUAUCGCCUCCAUGAAAGCUGCAAAGAUAUAACAACUGCUGAGAAAUUAAAGCGAGAGACUCCAUGGAAAAUUACAGAUGCAGAGCUGGAAGCAUUCAAGGAGAAGAGUUACCGCCAAGUCCGUCUGAAUGAACUCUUACAGGAGCAUUCGAGAGCAGCCAACCUCAUUGUCCUGAGCCUCCCUGUGGCAAGAAAAGGAGCAGUGUCUGAUUACCUGUAUAUGGCUUGGCUAGAAAUUCUCUCCAAGAACCUUCCUCCAAUCUUAAUGGUCAGAGGCAACCACAAAAAUGUACUGACUUUCUAUUCUUAAAAAAACACCAGUGCCUGGAAUAUGCCUUGCUUGAGUCCAACAGCUACGUUUUUAAUGGCAACGGUUCAUCAAAGACACACUCAUUUAAUACAAAUCUAAAACCUUAGUAAUUGACAGAAAUGUUUUCAAAAAUCCAAAGCAACACAGCAAAGAAUUAGACAAAAAAUGUAAAUGGUCCCCGUUGGUGUUACACUCCAGUACAGGCAAGAGAUCAUACAUCAUAUGAGACAGCAAAUAUUUUGAGCACACAAAGGAGAAAUUCUUCUGAUUUUGUAAGGUAUUGAAAAAGUUUGUGAUAUUUAUCCUAGAAAGUAAAAAUUAACUGUGAUAAUACAGAAAGCAUUAAAUCUCUAAAUAAUUAUUUCAAACUGCACUAUCAUAGUUGCUAAUGAGCACACAGUAGGAUUAAAAUGAAAUGCACCAACUUGUGAGACAAAAACCUGAAUGGCAUCCAUCAGGUGUAAGUCAUGAACUGAUAGAAUGCAAGUAGAAUACAUGCAAUGCUUUUUGAUUGUAAUAUUGCCAAAUUAAGACCUGUGCCUACAGCAGAUGCUUUUACCUAAAAUGUUCUGCUAAUUUAAAUUAAUUCAAACACUUCUAAUUUAGUGACAAACAAAAAAAAUUAGAUAUAUAAAAACAUGGACUCUAUUACAAGACUUGAUAAUGCAUUAUCAAGCUCUGACAUGCAAUGGAAUGUGUGAUUGAAAUAAUCUAAUGUGGAAAGUAAAUUUCACAAAAAAAUUCAUAAAACACUUAAUAUUCUGACAAUUUUUAUUAUGAAUGUUAGGGUUAAUACAAUCUGACAUUAUACAUUUGGAUAAUAUGUACAGUGAUUUAUGUGAUUAGAAAACAACAAAAACUCAUUAGCUGAGUUGAAUGCCUUAUUUUUGAUUUAUAUAAAAGAUUUCUCUCCUUUUUUGACUUUCUAAAUAAUAUUAAUUACACACUCACUUAAAAUAAAGGAAAUUCAUUAAGCUGUGUAAUUUUUCUAUUUCCUACUCUGCAAUGUUAUGGUAUUUUAUAAUUUCAGCUGUCAAGAAAAGCAGCUUCUCUUUUUAAUGGGUAAAGCUAUAUCCUACGUGUAAGCACUAUUUAAAUUAAAGACCAUCAAGGAACAAUUUAUUUUCUGUAGUCCUGCAACUCCUUUGCAGAGAUCAACCAAGGUCUAAGUCUCAUGAAAGCCAGGGAACCCUGAAUUUCACUAAAUGUAUAUUUUAAAGCAGGCCUCAGCUUCCAUCUUGCUUGAAUUAUUAGAAUUGAACUUGUAGUGCGUUCAGCACUCCAUCUCCAAAAAUGACAAAUAUUUAACAUUCGUAUUUUUUCUGAGUUCAACAGCAGCAAUUCAGCAGAACAUGGUAAUGAAGCCCAGUAAUCCAUGCUUUAUUUUCUCCAUCUAUUAAAGGCAGGAUAUUAAAUAUUGAUAUUUUCUCAUAAUGCUCUUCCUUUGCUUCUUACACAUUUACAAUCAGGCUGAAGGAUCAUUUUACAAUCUAACUGCAUUACACAGAAGUUUCCUCCUGCAGACUUCCUGCACAGCUCUGAGCAAACC